AUAGAAUCUGUCUCUCUCAAACAGUCUAUUUUAUUUAUCAUUUUACAGAUAGAUACUUGCAAUGGUUUUUACUGCGAAAACUUCAAACCAAACAAAAGUUCCAAACCCAAAAUGUGGACUGAAGCCUGGACUGGUGGGGGUACAGUAUUUGGUGCUUCAGUUUCUCGUAGACCUGUUGAAGACUUGGCAUUUUCAGUUGCUAGGUUUAUACAAAAUAAUGGUUCAUUCGUUAAUUAUUAUAUGUACCAUGGCGGGACAAAUUUUGGGCGAACAACUGCUGGUCUCUUCAUUGCCCCUAGCUAUGAUUUUGACGCUCCGAUUGAUGAAUAUGGAUUACUUAGAGAACCAAAAUGGGGGCAUUUGAGAAAUUUGCAUAAAGCCAUCAAGCAAUGUGAACCAGCUUUAGUUUCCUCUUAUCCCACAGUGACUUGGCCGGGCAAUAAUCUAGAGGUUCACGUAUUCAACUCAAAGUCUGCUUGUGCUGCAUUCCUUGCCAACUAUGACACCAAAUCUCCGGCAAAAGUGGCCUUUCAGAAUACACGAUACGACCUGCCUCCUUGGUCCAUCAGCAUUCUCCUCGAUUGCAAAAUUGAAAUUUUUAACACUGCGAAGAUUAGCUCCGAAAGUUCACAGAUGAAGAUGACACCGGUGAAUGGUGGAGUAUUCUCUUGGCAGUCCUCCAAUGAACAAACUGUCUCUGCCGAUGAUUCAGACACCAUUGCAAGGGAUGGGCUGUGGGAUCAAAUCAGCCUCACAAGAGAUGCAUCGGACUAUCUUUGGUACCUAACAAAUGUGAAUAUACAACCAGGCGAAGCAUUUUUAAAGAACAGGCAGUCUCCUACUCUGACCAUUAUGUCAGCAGGUCACACUUUGCACAUUUUCAUCAAUGGGCAACUAUCAGGAACCACGUAUGGAUCGCUACAGAAUCCAAAACUGACAUAUAGUGGCAACGUGAAGUUGAGAGCGGGAAUUAACAAGAUUUCUUUACUAAGCGUUGCUGUUGGCCUUCCGAAUGUCGGUCUGCAUUUUGAGACAUGGAACACGGGGGUUCUUGGCCCAGUCACAUUGAAGGGCCUCAAUGAGGGGACAAGAGACUUGACAAAUCAAAAGUGGUCUUACAAGGUUGGUCUAAAAGGCGAGAGCUUGAAACUGCACACACUCGAUGGAAGUUCCUCUGUCGAAUGGGUUGAGGGAUCAUCAUUAGCUACAAAACGACCCUUGACAUGGUACAAGACUACGUUCAACACACCAGCAGGAAAUGAUCCGUUAGCUUUGGAUAUGAGUACCAUGGGAAAAGGUGAAAUAUGGGUAAAUGGUCAAAGUAUCGGGCGCCACUGGCCUGGAUACAAAGCACGUGGUAACUGUGGCGGCUGUAGCUAUGCUGGAAUUUUUAAUGAGAAGAAAUGCAGAACAAAUUGUGGUGAAGCCUCUCAGAGAUGGUACCAUGUGCCACGCUUAUGGCUGAAACCGAGUGGGAAUUCGUUAGUUGUAUUUGAAGAAUGGGGCGGCGAUCCAACUGGGAUUUCAUUGGUUAAAAGAACAGCUCAAUGAGGAUGAUUCAUCCUCACUGCAUAAAAUUUUGUUCGAGUUGUACUUUUUGCUUGAUCCAAGCUUUGCACGUCCAAGGUUGUCGAGGAAACUGAUUUGGUUAGGUUGGAGGUUCAACUGUACAAUCAUAUUACAUACAAACCAUUUCUUGGACCAUAGAAUCUAAAGGUGAUUAGCAAAUAAGGUUUCAGUGUGUA